UUUGCGAAAAGCCCUUCCCUUCCUCCUCUUUCCUUUUUAACCCCCUCCUCCUCCUCCUCCUCCUCCUCUCUCGAAGAAACCCUAGGUGAUCCCGACCUCCAUCUCCCUCCGAGAGCUAGGGUUUCGAGGUCUCUUCAAUGUCGCGGUUCCAGUUACCGUCCCCGCCUCGCAACGAGGCCACCUCGUGCGGAUCUAUGCUCCAAGAACUACAGGAUUUGUGGGAUGAAAUAGGGGAGACUGACCUUGAAAGAGAUAGAAUGAUAUUACAACUUGAACAGGAAUGCCUCAAUAUCUACAGAAAGAAAGUAGACCAAGCUAGAAAACAAAAGGCAGAUUUGCAUCAGAUUUUGGCCGAGGGUGAAGCUGAAGUGUCUCUUGUCAUCUCUGCUCUUGGUGAACGCGAGUCCCUUAUGCGGUUAGAAAAGCCAAAGGGCUCACUCAAGGAACAAGUGGCUGCAUUAAAGCCUUUGCUGGAGGAAUUGAGACGGAAGAAAGAAGAAAGGAUCAGAGAAUUUACGGAUGUUCAAUUGCAGAUUGUUCGUAUAUGUGCUGAAAUUGCAGGGCUUGCUCAUCUAGAAAGUCCUGCUACUUUUAAGGUGGAUGAAGGAGACUUAACUAUUAAGAGACUGGGAGAGUUGAAGUCUCAACUCCAUGAACUGCAGUUAGAUAAGAACCUUCGGUUGAAGAAGGUGAAUGCUCUCGUGGAAUCUAUACAUGAACUAUGCAUGGUGAUGUCUGUUGAGCUUAAUAAGACAUUAUCUGAAGUUCAUUCCUGCUUCUCCAAUUCAAGAAACAACCAUUCAAAGAGUAUUAGCAAUGAUACACUUGCUAGACUAGGGGGAACUGUUCAUGCCCUAAAGCAAGAAAAAUUGCAGAGGCUUAAAAAGCUUCAAGAUCUUGGAAGUACACUUAUUGAGUUAUGGAACCUCAUGGACACGCCAGUUGAUGAACAGAAGAGGUUUGACCAUGUAACCUCCUUGAUUUCAGCAACAUCUGACGCAGUCACAUGUAAUGGAUGCCUUGCGCUUGAUGUGAUUGAGCAGGUUGGGAUUGAAGCUGACAGGUUGAAUGUUCUGAAAGCUAGCAAAAUGAAAGAGCUUGUUCUGAAGAAACAGAGUGAGCUUGAAGAAAUCUAUCGAAGUGUUCAUAUGGAUGUUGAAAGUGAUACAGACCGACAGAUUCUUAUCAACUUCAUCGAUUCUGGAAAAGCAGACCUCUGUGAGCUGUUGGGAGGCAUGGAAAAUCGAAUUGAGAAGGCUAAAGAGCAAGCUUCUAGCAGAAAGGAGAUUCUGGAGAAGGUUGAGAAAUGGAAAAUUGCAUCUGAGGAGGAGAGGUGGCUUGAUGAUUAUGAAAGGGAUCAAAAUCGUUAUAAUACUGGUCGAGGAGUGCACAAGAAUCUAAAGCGUGCAGAAAAAGCACGAAUACUUGUCAGCAAAAUACCAUCUAUGAUAGAGAAUUUGAGUGCAAAAAUUAGAGCUUGGGAGCAGGAGAAAGGAAUUCCAUUUAUGUAUGACAAGGUAAGAUUGUUAGACACCCUGGAAGAAUACGCGGCACUCAGGCAGCAGAAAGAAGAGGAAAAGCGGCGAUCCCGGGAGCAGAAGAAGCUACAAGAGCAACAAACUGCUGAGCAAGAAGCACUCUAUGGGACGAAGCCAAGCCCGAUGCGGCAGUUCCCUGUGAAGAAACCGCUGGGACAGAGCUCCAACGUGAACAUGGCUGUUGGAACUCCCACCGGCCGCCGUGUCUCCACCCCGUUGUCGCGGCAUGGGUUCGCAUCUUCUGGUAAGGACAAAAAGGAGAUUGGAAAGGGGAAUGCGGUGAUUCCUGUCAACUAUGUCGCCCUUCCAAAGGACAUUCUAUCCCCUUGAGAAGCAGUCUUCCAUAGCAUGAUCUCCGUGCUAAUUAGUGCACGCCUCUGGUGAAGUUGUAAUGGAGCAUUAUCUGCUCUUUCUUUCUUUUCCUUUCCUGGAAUGAAAUAUCUAUGAUUUCAUCUAUGUUGUGCUGUUUGUGCAAUUGCUGCUUUUCUAUUUUGAUUACUGUUUUUACAUUUGGCUGAUGAUUCUGCUACUUGUAAAUGCUUCUGUUACUAGAUUGGAGUACAUGAGUGAAGUAAAUGAGUUCUCUCAGGUGCAGCUCAAUUUCUUUUCUAAA